ACUGGCGACCAAGAGAGAUUCAGAGACCAACAAAGGCACUCCCUAACAGAAGUUCAGGACGGGGGCGAUCGAAAACUGGCAAAACAGAGCAUCCACGCUCAGCACGAGGAGAUGAAAAACAACAUCUUAAGUGAAAUCCACUUUCUACGACAGCUUAACUUGUCACUACUGAAGGAAAAAUUCGAAACAGACACUAGCAAUGUAAAUGACACUGACAGCAUGGAAAGAAUUCUGCAAAUUGCCGACGAAGUUGAACUUUUCCAGAAACGAGUCAUGACCUUGGAAGAAAAGUUGAGCAACAUCCAAAUGUGGUUGAUGGAGAUUGAGAACGACAAGAUGAUCGGAAGCGACGAGUGGAUCCAACUCAAAUACGAGGCCUCAAUUCUGCUCCUAGAAGCAGCACAUGAACGGCAGACUGCCCAUGUGAGUGCACUGAGACGACGCAGCACACAGAAGACUGUGAGGAAGCAACGCAGAUCGGCCAGUUUCACAGGGGCCACACCCGAGAUCAAACAACACGAGGUACCGACGGAGCGCGCCACAAUGCAUUUGGAAGGCGGUAGUUUAAGUCUACAGGCCGUUGGCUCGAUUAAAAGGAAGAAUAAAAGUCAUCGAAGACAACACUCGAACAAUGAGGUAUCUUCCAUCCAUCAUACUCUUGGUCAGCCGACCAACAGAAUCAAAGAAACAACGGAUGGGUCGCCAGUUUGGAUAGAACGUCGCGGCGAGGACGGACAAAUUGCGGAGGAGUUAGUGGCCGUGCCCGGGGGAUCCCGCACAUUCCCCAGAAGACAUCGCCAGAGAUCCUCGAAGUCUGCGAUUGCAUCUAAGGUGGUCGGCAACACUCAUGGUAUCAUUCCCACUGCUCUCGAUGCUCAAGGUCAUCCAGUCAAACAUCAAUACGAAAGCUCCGAUUCAGAUGAUGCUGCACAUGACGCUAAUGUGCACGAAGCGGUCGCACGUCGUCGCAGCAGCGGAGGCAGCAACAAUACCAAAACUCCAACAAAUGAAGAAAAACACAAAGUCACCCGAAUCGCCCAAGAGCAAGUUGCAACACAGCACACAAUACCGCAACAGACAGGGACCAAAAACACUGCACUCAAAGAACAAGAAUCUAUGCAGAGCGAUUUCAUUCCGAUAGGCGAAACAGCCACACCACAAUCGUCUACUUCAUCACUAGUGACGUCAUCAGAAGCGACCACUGCUCAUGCCUCCAAACAGCGGAAGCACCAGUCCUCAGAUAAAGCACUACUUUCCACUGCCGAGGGAUCCCGAUUCACUGUCUACAACGUCACAAGCCAGCAGUCACUGCGACCCUCUAGCAGUAUUAGCAGCACUACCUUCUCACCCCCUACCACAGUGCAGACACAAACUAUGCGACCUAUGGCUUCCAGCACCCUCAACCACAGAACAACCGGGAUGCUGGGAAAGAACCAAAUUGAAGCUGUAAUGGGUUACGGAACACAGACUCUUGGAAGACACCAAACCGGUGCUUCCAGUCAUCUCAUGCAAGCUUACAAGCACGACGCCCACCACUUUUUACACAAUCAGACAGUUAGCUAUAAAUCACAGCAGCAGCAUCACGGAAGCGGAGCAGUGAAUUUUCAAAUAGCAGACAGCAGUGAUGAAGCUAGUCUUUACCACUACUCGACUAGACGUCAAGUGGAUCAGCAGAAACGCGUGAAACCGCAGAAGCAAGGACUGACAGUAGUUGAAAAGAACCCUUCAACUUAUGCACGAGCACAUCUGACAGUUGACGAGCAGGAUCCGUGGCGUACGUCGCCAUCACCUAUGGCUACCCUAGACAACUCGGCAAACGUUAGCCGACAACUUUCGCCUGAGACAUGCAUAGACGGUCGAAUGCCACCUAGUUACAGCACGCAGAUAGCUAGGUCGAAAGAAUCUUUAAACUCAGUCUCACGGAGCCAAACGAAUGAAUUUUCGCCCAUGAGUCACACUCAAAACAGUACCCCCUCUGCUACUAAAUACGGACCCACAAUUACUACAGCAGUAAUUGACCCACGAAUGACUCCAAUUUAUGUGGACGGUGGGAAUAUAAUUUCAACCAAGGGCGGGAUCUAUCGGCUCAAGAUGCCAGUCAACGAUUUAGACGGAAACGACAAGCGACAGCAAGAGCGAAAAAAGUUACCAGCUAGUCACCAAACUCCAGAUCGGUCCAUCCAAUCUCCAAAUCCAGGGUUCACUCACAAUUUCAUAGCAGCACAGAGCGAUUUUGAGGACGAAAUAGAUCCAGGGUCCAAAAGCGACUCUGAGUUACUACCCUCGAUGAGAGCAGCAAUGGAGAAACGUGUUAAGUUCAGCGACGGACCACCCCAGAUCUCAAAGAUUCCGCACAAGAGAAAGAAAACUUUGAAGAACAGAUUCCAAAAGUUCACCAAAGAACUCGAAAUGCACUUGAAGUCAACAAAUUCUCAAGAGGUACCUGUAAUACAUUCCAAUGAUCACAGCCAAGAGGUUCAAAAAACCUCAGCCAGCCCAAGUCGAAGCCGAUCCAUGACUUUGAGACCGGAAGAUCAACGACCGGGUAGAAGUUUGGACGACUUAGACCGCAUCAACUCCAGUUUGCAACAGUACAAAUUAAGCCAAACCCUUCCGACCUCUUCGCAUAACUUAGUUGCAUCUCCUUCGUCUAGUUCGAUUCUCUCAUCAAACGCCACAAUCAGCAGACAUGAACAACCGAACAAUGCGGCAACACGCCAAGUGAUGCUGGACCAGCGACAUCAACAAGCUCCGCCAAGUCGAAGUCAGGGGGUUUUCGAGACUAGUUUUGUCGGCAAAGAGCCGAAACAAAGUCAACAACAACAACAACAGCCGACGGUAACUACAAGAUUAAGCGCAGUUCCGUGCUAUUACCGAACUCUGCCAGACAAUAAAAUUCAAGUUAUGUAUCCAGACAGUAACCAAGUCUUCCAGUUUUCUUACUCCAAAACAGUUCCUCCCAUUUCUAAGAAGUCUUCGAUGCAACUCAUACAGCAAGUACAGCCCGAUGGAAAACUGUCAGAGGAGAAAUUAUACUUCUUCGAUCCUGUCCAACUGGACGAAGCAGACACCAGAUUGCGAUACCAUGAGCAAAUUAUGAACCCGGGCAAAAGUCCCAAGAAGUAUGUCAGUGGAACACCCGGCAAGAAACAGCCAUGGCUUUUCAAAAAGACCAUCCAAGUAAAAGAGAAAAUGAAGCAGAAUAAAAACAAUAGAAGCGACUUAACUUCUUAGAACCCAAUUUGUAAAAAAAAAACAUUUAAAUAAAGUUCAUUCUUAAAUGUUGUCAAAACUUGAUGUCUAAUAUCCACUACAUAUUAUAUUGCAUUAUGAUAAAUCUAAUU